GGGUGGUUUAAUACCAAUCAGCGAGUUGUAUCUCUUGAAGAAACGGUGUUGCAACUCAAGGCCUGGUAUGACGUCGAGAUGGCCAAGGUUGCAGCCAAGCGCGAGGAAGAAGAGAUGGUGAGACGUGAACACGAAGCAGAGGCGCGGAGAUUAAUAGAGAAGAAGGAUAGGGAGGACUUUCAGAAGGAACUGAAUGACACUUGGAAUGCGAAGUUCGAAUCGGUAUGCGGUGCAAUUUGUGGAGGAAAGAAUGUGGGUUCUCAUGAUGAAGAGUUAGCCAAGCUCAAGAAGCAGGUUGAGUUGCUUCAGAUUAAGCAGUUGCAGAAGGGUAAUGCAGCAGGAGCCUCCUCAAGUAGAUCGGUGCCUGGGGAUGAUACUUUAUUGGCACGAUUAAUGCAAGAGCAGGAGAUCAUGAAGAAGAAGAUGGAGUCGGCGUUUAACACGUGUAAACGAAUGGAAGGUUUGGAGAAAGAGCUGCGUGUGUUGAAGCAGUCGCACGAAAAAGCGGUGCUAGAGGCGGAGACCUGGAAGAAGGAGGCGCUUAAGUCUGGGAACAAGCGUAGUCAGAUUGCGACUUCGCCAUCAUCUCAGCUCAAGAUGCCUCUGGUCACCCCUCGUCACUCUCCGGGGAGGAUGGAUAACAUCCAACAUGUGCACAACUUGGAGGUCGAGGCUCUGCAGAAGCUUCGUCUGCAAGAAAUGAAUUGGAGAAGGGAAGCCGAGCAGGAGAAUGCCAGGCUGAAGGAACAGCUCGCCAAGCAGGAGGCAGAGCGGCGGUCAACCCCCCGUUCAACUUUUCGUGAGAGAUUAGACGAUGCAGAAGCAGUGGGCGGGACGGUCAAAUCUACUAAAGUCAAGAAGAAGAGCGGGUCAGUUGAUGAGGUUACACAGGAGAACGAUCGGGAAGUCUUCAUCCGUGAAGCUAAGAAAGAACUACGCGAUAAGAAGAAGGAUGAGGUGACGGAGCUGUGUGUGAAGGAAGGUGUCGAGUAUUCCACGCUCAGUGAGUCUAUCUCCGAUAUCAUUGCUAAAUGGGUGGAGCGGGCAUUCGGUAAGAAACCAGCUGUUCAGGAGAUCUCCGAAGAUGUUGCCACUGGCAUGGAGAAGGAAGAUACGCAUGUCGGGAGGGACUCGACUGAUUCUUAGGGUCCCUCCCGAGCGUGACUGAUCUUUGGUCUACUACUCUCUCUUGUCUUUCUGCUCGAUUAUCUUCUCCUCGUCUAUUGAAGUUGAAGUCGU